CCAGGCUCUGACUAGCGGCCCGGAGACUCGGCGGAGUGGCCCCGCACCAUCCACUGCGCCGCCUGCCUGCAGCCGAGAUGGAGGGAUCCGCGGUUCGGCUGCUGCGCCGCAGCGAGCUGUAAAUCCAUUGCUGAGGCAAGUUGAAGGUUUUGGGACACAGCAAAAGGGAGACACAAUAAUGACAACUAAGAAGAAACUUCCUAACUUGCCUGUCUUCUUGGAAGACUCCUCCUUGUGUCCUGCAAUCUUCCCAGUCAGAAGCUCUACUCAGUGUACCAAAUAAUGGGGUCCCCUGUGCCCCUCUGCAAACAUUUACAGAGGAGGAGAUGAUGAUAAAAAGGACAGUUACAAAAUUUGCCCAAGAACAACUUGCUCCUUUGGUUUCAACAAUGGAUGAAAAUUCAAAAAUGGAGAAAUCAAUAAUACAAGGAUUAUUUCAACAAGGGUUGAUGGGUAUUGAAAUUGACCCAAAAUAUGGUGGAACAGGAGCUUCAUUUUUUUCCUCUAUCCUAGUGAUAGAGGAAUUAGCCAAAGUUGAUGCAUCUGUGUCUCUGUUAUGUGACAUCCAGAACACAGUAAUUAACAAGUUAAUCAGAAAACAUGGAACAGAGGAACAAAAGGCUACCUAUUUGACCAAGCUAGCUACAGAAAAAGUAGGAAGUUUCUGCCUUUCAGAGGCCGGAGCAGGUAGUGAUCCAUUUUCUCUGAAGACCAGAGCUGAUAAAAAGGGAAAUUAUUAUGUCAUCAACGGGUCCAAAAUGUGGGUUAGCGGGGCCGAGCACGCAGAGCUCUUCCUGGUGAUGGCGAAUGUGGACCCCACCGUUGGCUAUAAGGGAAUUACCUGCUUCUUAGUAGAUCGAGAUACUGAAGGCCUUCACAUAGGGAAAGCAGAAAACAAGAUGGGGAUCAGAGCUUCUUCUACCUGCCCGUUAACAUUUGAAAAUCUCAAGGUUCCAGAAGCCAAUAUCCUGGGGCAAAUUGGACAUGGCUAUAAGUAUGCCAUGGGGAGUCUUAAUGAAGGUAGAAUAGGAGUCGCAGCACAGAUGCUGGGACUGGCUCAAGGAUGUUUUGACUACACUAUUCCAUAUACUAAAGAAAGGGUACAAUUUGGUAAAAGAAUAUUUGAGUUUCAGGGGCUCCAACACCAAGUGGCCCACGUGGCCACCCAGCUGGAAGCUACAAGGUUGCUGACGUACAACGCUGCUAGGCUUUUAGAAGCUGGACGGUCCUUCAUAAAAGAAGCAUCUAUGGCCAAAUACUAUGCAUCAGAGAUUGCAGGGCUAACAACUAGUAAGUGCAUGGAGUGGAUGGGCGGAAUAGGCUACACCAAAGACUGCCCCGUGGAAAAAUACUUCCGCGAUGCAAAGAUCGGUACAAUAUAUGAAGGAACUUCAAAUAUCCAACUGAACACCAUUGCAAAGCACAUCAGCGCAGAAUACUGACCUCCCUACGAAGCACCGAUAUCACUGGUAUAAAAUGUUAAACUAUUGUGCCUUGUUGCGAAAGUGAACUUCUACAUGCAGUAUUCUGUGUAAACCCUCAGCCCUGGUUCUUGGGGUAGAACUUUUCUGUCUUAUCUUUCUAGUCUGAAUAACUUAGGCACAGGGAAUCAUUUUUAAAAUUUAGGAAGAAGUGCAUCCAUAUUUUCUCUAAAGCUAUUUUUAAAUCUCUAUAUGUAGUAUCACUCAAGUUCCAGGGCUUACAGAAGUUUCACUCCAUCAGCAUUUGGAAAAAUAAAGAUAUUUGAAGUAGAAUUUACAGAAAUAGCUAUUUUAUUUUCCUAUGAAAUCUUAAUUUUGUGGCAUCAAUCAGAAAGAUUUGUUACGGUUGACAGUUCUAUUGAAUAGACAAAUCUGUUGAAUAGACUCAACACUAAGUUACCAAACUAGGUAGAAACUGAGUUCCAAAAUAUCUGAGAGUGGGUAGAAGAUAAGAGCAUAACCCUGUAAGUUGUACAAUUGAAGAAAACAUUAUUUUAACAAAGUGAAUCAAUAUUAUUUGUUACUGUAAUUGAUUUAUGUAAGAAAUGUAAUUUCGUGAUGGUUUCAGCAGAUUGUUUUAAAAAUAAGUCUACAUUAGUUUUCAAAAAUAAAGUUCACAUAAUUGGUUUAAUAAUCAGAAUGUAUUCAGUAUUGAAAUACUCAUUUUAUCAUGCACUAUUUUUCAACAAUUUCUUUGUGUAUUUAAAUUGAAUAGUGUUUCUACAGACUUAGUUAUCAGGCGUUCUCAUGAAUAGUAAUUCAGAAAUAAUGUUGUGGUGCAGUGAUUCUCAAGAGAGAGAAGUAUUGCCACUGCAAAAAAGAAUAUCAAAAUCUUGUUCAGAAUGAAGGAUCAAAGGGGCUGGCUGUAGGGUUCGAGAAAGCCUAUUUGGUGAUUCAAAAAAUAAUAUAAAAAUAAUUUUUUAUCUGGGAAAGCAAAAGUAAAUCUAUUGUGUACAAUACAAAUUAUAGAAAGGCGAAAAUCAACCAGAUACGUAGCUGGUGAUGCCCUUUCUUCAGUUUUAGGGAUUCUUAAUCAAGAGAAGAGACUCCCCUUGGGUACAGAGCCUGAGCCCCCUGCAGGAAAGUGGGCAGGGGAGUGAGAGAGAGUUUUAUAUUUCCUGAGAAGGCAGUGUGGGUUAGGGAUGUCGGGGAAUGUGCCAAGGUUCAGGUUCCCUGCUGUUGAAUGGGAAGCAUUUUUGUACAUAAAUGAAAGGCUCAUGUUGAUUAAGAAAACAUGACAUUUUCAAAGUAUCUUUGCACAUUUGUGUUUACUGAGUUAGGCUACUUUCUGUAAAGCAAAUCAUGGUGAAAUAUUCAGAAUUGUGUAAGUACAAUUGAGAUAAAAAUUACAUUAAAAUACUAGAAAGAAAUAAAGCCAGAUUUAAACCUUGGAUCAAAAGAGAUGAAGUCUAAUUGACUUUCACAUAGAGAGAUGAUAGAAACCCACUCAUUCAGUCUUUCAGAAAGAAAGGAGCAAUCUGAUAAUAAAAAUAAAGAAUGGAUGAAACACCCUAAAAGAGGGUUGGACAUCCUCAAUUUUUGUGACUGUGUGAAAGAGAUGGACUUUACAGUAGUGGCACACAAGCAACUUUAGUGAAAAAAAAAAAACAUCCCAACUUCUUCCUGUAGAAUUAGAAACACUCAAAACGACAGCAAGCCUCACGUUCACCCUGGCAGCACUGGGGAAUCUGUCUACUUCCAGACCUUGAAUUUACAUUCAGUGUUGAUAAAGUUUCUUACUGUGUGUGUAUUGUGCAUGUUCACAAAGAACAGCUGAAAGAUAAUUAAAUAUUAUAGUUAAUACACAUACCUACCUUUUUCUGUUACCAAAUCGUUGUGUUAUUUACCAUUUACCAAAGGAGAUAUUGUGGGUUUCCUCUGCAUUUCUUCCCUUUCAGCUUUUCUGGCUGACCAUGACUUUGGGGUCUUUAAAACUAUCUCUCUUGAGUUCAUGUUGAGUGGAGGAUGAACUCCUUCGUCUCCUGAAGCCUCUCAUCAUUGUUUGUUAAUCUGAGGGUUGGGCUGUCACGGAAUUCCAGGUAGACUGGACAAACAUCAAGGAACCCACUUGACUGUAUUUGUGUGGACAGCUGGACUCAACCCAACUGCCACGUUAGUAUCAUUAGAGAUUUCACUUUACAACACAGAAGUGCAUCAGUGUCCAAGAUUUUUAAAUAACGGGGAAGUUCACCUAGAAGACCUGAGAGAACCAGCCAGCCAGCUCUCUCAUUUUUGAAGUGAAGGAUUUAUAGCCCAGGAUACUUGCCCAAGGGCAGCCACCAGGGA